AUGCCUCACUUACCAACUACCAAAAUGAGGCCCGCCCUUUCACUCUUAAAGCAAGCCUCUUUCCGUUUUCCAAAGGGAUUUAGUCUUCCAAUUCCGAAAGAAAAGAAAGUACCUCAGGUUUCUGAUACCCAUCCAUUAUGGCAAUUCUUUCGAAAUAAAAAUGCUCUUUCUCCCCCCGAUGAAGAGUCUAAAUAUGGCCGCUCUUGGACGGCUGAAGAGCUUCGAUGGAAAUCUUUCGACGAUCUUCACGGUCUUUGGUAUAAUUGCCUUCGUGAAAGGAACCUUUUGCUGACACAGGCAACGGAGAUGAAACGUCUCUUAAUAAAUGUCCCCGAUUAUUCCAAGGAUCGUGUGAAGACGGUAAAUAAAACAAUGGCCACUAUUAAAUUUGUAUUGUGGGAGCGCGAACGUGCUUAUCAAGCUGCAAAAGACUUAGAAAAAAAAGAGUCUGAAAAAGCGAAAAAUCCCAAUCAAGCCGUAUAG